CUCAGAACGAUGUUGGAGAUUUGGACAGAUUCACAUUUCACCCUACACACAUUUCCUGAAGGCUGGAAAUAAAACCCUUUCCCGCGUGUAAAACCCUAAAAUCAAACAUUUUUCUGCAAUUCGCAAUUAAUCACCUUUGCCAUUCUCCUCAGUAAUGGAGGUGGAGAUGGAGACUUCUCCCAGCUAUUUCGAUCCAGAGGAUCUCAGCGAUAGAGAGCGCUUUCGUAGAUACGGGAAAAGGCAUCCCAGCUCAAGCCUAUCUCCACACCAUGAUAACUCGGCAUCAAGAUUCAGUAAUGCUGCACUUUUUCUUGAAAAUAUCAAACAUGAGGUUGAGAACUUUGACUCAGAUAUUGGGGGAACACCUUAUGAAUCUGGAUCCAAGAGGCGAGCAUCCAUUUAUAGCGAUGCCGAGACAAUACGCAGGCGGGGAAGUGAAUCCUUAAAGGUCUGUAAGCAGGAAGAGCAUGAGCAAAGUGAAAGUGCCGAUACUACUUUCUCUUUAUUUGCUUCUCUCCUGGAUUCAUGUCUUCAAGGAUUGAUGCCCAUCCCUGAUUUGAUACUCCACUUUGAGAAUUCAUGUCGUAAUGUUUCAGAGUCCAUUAGAUUUGGUGCCAAUGAAAGGUACAGAAUUGUUGAAGAUAAAUUGAUGAGGCAGAGAGCUCGGUUCUUGCUUGACGAAGCUGCUUCGUGGUCUCUUCUGUGGUAUCUGUACGGAAAAGGAAAUGAAGAAGUCCCUGAAGAUUUAGUCAUGUUCCCGACGACUUCUCAUUUGGAGGCCUGCCAAUUUGUUACAAAAGAUCAUACCGCACAAUUAUGUCUGAGGAUUGUUCAAUGGCUUGAAGGAUUAGCUUCCAAAGCACUUGAUUUGGAUAAUAAGGUCAGAGGGUCACAUGUUGGUACUUACCUCCCAAGCUCUGGUGUUUGGCAUCACACUCAAAGACAUCUCAAAAGAGGUGCCUCAAAUACAAAGACAAUUAAACACUUGGAUUUUGAUGCUCCAACACGUGAACAUUCUCAUCAGCUGCCUGAUGAUAAGAAACAGGAUGAAUCUCUUUUAGAAGAUAUCUGGACUCUUCUGAGAGCUGGAAGAUUAGAAGAGGCAUGUAGUCUUUGCAGGUCUGCUGGUCAGCCAUGGAGAGCUUCGAGUUUAUGUCCCUUCGGGGGACUCAAUUUAUUCCCAUCUAUCGAAGCUCUGGAGAAAAAUGGCAAGAACAGAAUGUUACAGGCCAUUGAAUUGGAAAGUGGAAUUGGUCAUCAGUGGCGUCUUUGGAGAUGGGCCUCCUAUUGUGCAUCCGAAAAAAUUGCUGAAGAAGAUGGUGGGAAGUAUGAAAGAGCGGUAUAUGCAGCCCAAUCCAGCAACCUGAAGCGCCUUCUUCCAGUUUGUACCGAUUGGGAAUCUGCAUGCUGGGCAAUGGCGAAGUCUUGGCUUGACGUGCAAGUUGAUAUAGAAAUAGCUCGCUUGCGACCAGACAGAACAGAUCUGUUCAAGAAUCUUGAAGAAGCAAUGGAGAGAAGUCCAGGGCAAGGGGAUCUUGUGUCUCAGCAAAGUAGUGGACCAGACACAUGGCCACUUAAGGUUCUGAGUCAGCAACCAAGGGAUCUUACUUCUCUUCUUCAGAAGCUUCAUUCAAGUGACGCUGUGAAUGAAGCUGUUACUCGAGCAUGCAAGGAGCAACAGAGGCAAAUCGAGAUGAAUCUUAUGCUAGGAAACAUACCUCAUUUACUGGACCUCAUCUUCUCAUGGAUAUCACCUUCAGAGGAUGAUGGUGAUAUUUUCAGACCUCAUGGUGACCCUCAGAUGAUGCGUUUUGGUGCACACUUGGUGCUGGUACUUAGAUACUUGCUUGCAGAUCAAAUGAAAGAUACUUUCAGAGAGAAGAUAAUGACAAUUGGUGAUUUUAUCAUUCACAUGUAUGCAAUGUUUCUUUUCACUAAGCAGCACGAGGAGUUGGUAGGAAUAUAUGCUUCUCAGCUUGCUCGCCAUCGUUGUGUAGAUCUCUUUGUCCAUAUGAUGGAGCUCAGACUCAACAGCAGUGUGCAUGUGAGAUACAAGAUCUUUGUGUCAGCUAUUGAAUAUUUGCCCUUUUCUUCUGAAGAUGACUCGAAAGGCAGUUUUGAAGAAAUCAUUGAGAGAAUUUUGUCAAGAUCUAGAGAAGUUAGCUUUGGUAAACAUGAAAAAUCAUCGGAUGUUGCGGAGCAACAUCGUUUGCAGAGCCUACAGAAAGCUAUGGUUGUCCAGUGGCUAUGCUUUACACCUCCUUCUACAAUUAAUGAUGCCAGAGCUGUUACUCGGAAACUCGUUCUCCGUGCGUUGAUGCAUAGGGUGCCUGCAGUACCCGUUGGUGCUCACACAGUGCUUAGUUUACUUGCGGAGCCUUUGAAACAUCUAACAGAAGUUCUUAUUUCCUCUGAAGAUCAUGAAGUUUCAGAGAAUUUGAGGGAGUUUCAGGAUUGGAGCGAGUACUACUCUUGUGAUGCAAAGUAUCGGAACUGGCUUAAAGUUGAACUAGCAAAUGCAGAAGUUUCACCUGGUAAACUUUCAGAGGAGGAAAGACAAAGGAAGUUUACAGCAGCUAGAGAAACUCUUGAAUCUUCAUUGCUAUUGCUACAAAGAAAAGAGAAUCCUUGGUUGGUUCCAACUCAAGAUCAUGUUCAUGCAUCAGAAGAACCUGUUUACCUGGAAGUGCAUGCUACAGCUGUCCUGUCUCUUCCUUCUGGUGAAUGCAUGGACCCAGAUGCUACAUUAUGUGCGACAUUGACAAGUGCCCUUUACUCAUCAGUGAGCGAGGAAGAAGUUCUCCAUCGAGAGUUAAUGGUGAAUGUUUCUACCUCGCCAAAGGACAAUUCUUGCAUUGAAGUGGUGCUUCGAUGCAUGGCAGUGGAAGGGGAUGGGCUUGGACCACAUGCUUUUGAUGAUGGUGGCAUUCUUGGUAAUGUCCUGGCGGCUGGCUUCAAAGGAGAGCUACCUCGAUUUAAAGCUGGAGUGACCAUGGAAAUUUCUCGAUUGGAUGCUUGGUAUUCAAGCAGUGAUGGGUCUCUUGAAGGUUCUGCAACAUAUAUAGUUCGCGGCCUUUGUCGGAAAUGUUGCAUUCCGGAAUUAUUUCUUCGGUGCAUGCAGGUCUCUGUGUCACUAAUGGAGUCUGGCUAUCGACCAGAGAGGCAUCACGAAUUAAUUGAACUGGUCAACUCUCCUGAAACUGAUUUUCUUAGUUUAUUCAGUCAGAAUCAAUUGCAGGAAUUCCUACUUUCUCAGCGAGACUGUACAAUAUACGAGAUGGACCUUGAAGAGGGGCCAAAUUCUUAUUCACAUGCAUGAUGUGAAAUAUGUUGUAAACCAAGCAACAUGGUGCAAUCACAACUUUAUCUGCGCAACUACUGUAAAAAAAUUUCGGGAAAUGCCUGAGUAGAUGUACUGUUGGUUAUAUCUCUUGGCUUGUGCUCUGUGAGGUUGGUCUCAUGGUGAUUGAGGUGAGAUUUCGGAUGGAUUAAGUAUACAUUUCUGGGUGGUAUCGUUAAUUUUAUUUGUAAAAGUGGCAUCUGACUUGAAGCCAUUU